GACUCCUUAAUUCUUACCAUCCUAACUUGACAAACGUUUCCAAACAAACAGGAAUAUCUCAAAACAGCUGAAUGCUGUGAGAUACUACUGUAAAUAUGUUUGUUAAAGGGACGAGUAUGGAGAUGAGUGAUCCAGAAUCAUCCAGAAUGAAAAAUGAGGAACAAAGAGGCCUGAUGGAAGUGAAAGAGGAAAGUGAAGAAUUGAAUGUGCAGGAGAAACAUCAGUAUCUGAAAACUCACAUUAUCGCUACUGAUGAAAAAACCUUGAGUCACUCACAGACUGAAGAGAAAUUCUCACAAAGCAGCACUGAAAGAACAGAAGUCCAAAAGCCUUUCAUCUGUCCUCAGUGUGGAAAGAGUUUUACACAUAAAGGUCACCUUAAUGAUCAUAUGAAAAUUCAUACUGGAGAAAAGCCUUUCAUCUGCCUUCAGUGUGGAAAGAGUUUCAAACGCAAAAGAAAUCUUACUGCUCACUUCAUUACUCACAAUGAAGAAAAGCCCUUCGUCUGCCCUCGGUGUGGAAAGAGAUUCAAACGUAAAGAACAACUUAAUGAACACAUAUUAAUUCACGGUGGAGAGAAAGCAUUCAUCUGCCCGCAGUGUGGAAAGAGAUUCACACGUCAGAAACACCUUUGUGAUCACAUGAGAAUUCACACUGGAGAGGGCCUUUUCACCUGCCUUCAGUGUGGAAAGAAUUUCAUUCAUAAAGAACUCCUUGAUCAACACAAAAGAAUUCACACAGGAGAGAAACCUUUCAUUUGCCAUGAAUGUGGAAAGAGUUUCUCCUGGUCAAGCAGUCUCAGAAUGCAUCUGCUCCACGCUCACUCUGGAAUAAAGCAAUUUAAAUGUGAUCAGUGCAGUAAAAAAUUUGUUUUAGCAUCAUACCUAAAAAAACACAUGAAAGUUCAUACAAAUGAAAAGCCUUUCUUGUGUUCUGUUUGUGGAAAGAGUUUUUUAUGGCGUGAAUGUUUUAAAGUGCACCAGAAAAUGCACGCAGGUGUGAAAACUCAUGUGUGCUUUGUAUGUGGAAAUGCCUUUAUUACAGCCGGCUCCUUGAAAAAGCACCAAAGAGUCCAUACUGAAGAAAAAACUUAAGUUACAAGUGCUCACAUUGUGGAGAGAGUACACUAAAGCAGAAAGCCUGAAAGAUCAUGAAAUGGUCUAUAUGGUGUCAUAGAGCAAAACUCAUGUGCUAGUAUAUUAUGUGAAAAUGUAUUUUAUUCACAUUUUAAUCUGUAAAAUGUUGUGUGACAAGUUAAUUUAGAGAAGUAAAAAACAAAACAAUGUAUUGUCUGAAAUUGCAUGUUUAAUUAUACGAGCUGUCAUUGCUUAAAUUUUUGUGUCAGCUGCGUAUUUUAGCAAAAUAUUCACAACAUUGGAGCCUAAAAAAUAAAAUAGAAAUUCACAUAUAAAAUGGAAGUGCUUGU